GGUGUUAUGACUGUAUGGUAGACAGUAAACAGAAUUUCAUUAUAAAUAUAUAUUUUACUAAAUAAGUUCUCUGUGUUUUGGGUAUCAUUAAGCAAUAAGAGAGGUUUUCGUUCAUAUGGCUAAAAUAGGCAAAGGGAUUCAGAUUCCUCUAUCAUGGGUACCUGCUAAGGAUGGAAAUAUCCCUAAUAAUGCUCUCAGUGUUACUCGUGGUAUCUAUGUGGUUCGUUGCAAACACGAUAGUCAAUGGAUUCCUGGGAAGGCUGCAACUGGACAUAAUGCAGCUUAUUAUCCAUAUGAUGGUGAAGAAAAGAAUACAAGAGAAUAUGAAGUCCUGUGUGAUACCUCGUUUUCAGGACAUCAAGGAUAUGAAUGGUUACAUGCAUCAUAUGGUGGUGUGCCGAAAAAUGCAAUCAUUGCUGGCAUGUCAGGUUUUGAUCCACUAUACAUAGCCAAAUCUUCAAUUAACGGAGAACCAUGUGUUGGAAAGGUACAUAGUGGCCAUGAAUGUGCAUAUUUACCAUGGGGUGGUAAAGAACACUCAGUGAAAGAAUAUGAAGUUUUAGUUUGGAAAAAGUGAAACUGAUUUUGUUGUUCUGAUCUCCAAGAUCAUCGAAAGAUUAUCUCUUGUAUAACUGUUUCCAUUUAAUUAGAAGGAACAAUAAAAUGAUUAGAUAAAAGUGUAUCUCUUCGUGUUAAAAAUAACUUGAUGUACAAUUAUCAAUAAAAACAUCAUAACAAAAACAUACUACAAAGAUUUCCUAGUAAAAUGAAAUUAAA